AUGACGACUCCCGACUCUCGCGUUAUCAUCGUCGGCGCCGGCGUCUUCGGCCUCAGCACGGCCCUUUGGCUGGCGCGCAGUGGCUACAAGAACGUCACCAUCUUCGACCGUCAGCCCUACGACAGGACCUUCUAUAACCCCGCCGAUGGGUGUGACUCGGCGUCUUCGGAUAUCAACAAGAUCUUCCGAGCCACAUACGGCACAAAGGAACACUCGCAAGACCUCGCCUUCGAGGCACGGGAUAUCUGGCUGCAGUGGAACAAGGAGAUUCGCGAAAGUGAUCCCUCUGCUCUGCCCCCGUCGCUCACCACGGAGGAUGAGCUGCUCACCGUCUGCGGGCUGUAUAACCUUGCAGACGGGGAUGAGAUGAUCGACUUCUACAAGACGAGCCUGAGCUCAGUGGAGGCGACGGCGCCCAAGGGAUUUCGGGAUUUGCAGUUUGUCAAGGGAAAUACCAACGACGAAGAACGUGCAUGGAAACUCGGGGCUGAGUGGGGGAAGAAGUACCAUAAUUUCGAUCAUUUCAAUAACAACGCUACGAAUGGCUUUCUGGAUGCGGCUUCGGGGGUGACACUGGCUGACAAGGCAUGUGUAUAUGCUCGGCAUCUCUGUGAAAAGGCCGGGGUGAAAUUCGUCCUCGGGAAGCCUCACGGAGAACUCAAGCAGUUGAUCACCGAACAAUCAGGGGCUAGCAAGAAAGUUACUGGAAUCCUCACGCUAGAUGGCCGGAGUCACUCUGCUGAUCUUGUUGUUGUUGCUUGCGGUCCCUGGACGGCACAUGUUGUGCCUGAAGCCCACAGGAGUGUUGAAGCCACGAUGGGCACGCUGAUGUUCAUUGACAUUCCUGAGCACCGGAAGGAUCUCAGAGAGAAGUUCCACCCUAAGAACAUGCCCAUCUGGCGCUUUUUGCGGGGUGAAGGAGAUGGGGCCUACGAGGGAGGUUCCUUUCCUAUCACCAAGGAAGGCCGAAUAAAGUUCGGCUUCCGUGCUCGAAAGUUCACCAACUUCCAAGAUCACCCCACUCAGAAUAAUAUCCGCCUCUCCACACCACGCACAAAAUACAGCCCGAACCCUAUCAACACCGUGCCGCUCUACGGCCUCAGUCUGAUGAAGCAGGUUAUCGGCGGCAUGUUCCCUGAACUGGCUGAGUUUGGAUUCACAGAUAGCAGGUUAUGCUGGUACACGGAUAGCAUCGACAACGAGUUCGUAAUCGACUACGUUCCCGGAUACUCCGACUCACUGUUCAUCUGCACUGGUGGCUCCGGCCACGGAUUCAAAUUCCUCCCUGUUCUUGGAAAGUACGUCAAGAACCAGCUCGAGCGCAAGCCCGACCGCUUCACGCCGUUCUGGAAGUGGCGCCAGGUCCAGGCGGGAAAGAACUGCAAUGGGCUGGAAGAAGGAGAGAAUGGGCCGCGUGAGAUGAAGAAGCUGCAGUUGGCUAAGCCUGAACAAGAUUUCAGGUUUGACUCUGAGAGUCUGACUGGGCUUCCUGGUCGGAUUCAGAAGGUUACUCUGGGGAAGGAGAACUCCCGGUUGUAA